AUGCAUGUGAAAUAUGAUUGCAAGAAAAAGGAUUUGGAAGGUUUCAUUGGUAAUAAAGUUGCGAUGGCUGCCAGACUUAAAUCAAUUAAAGAUAAAAAGAAAGCAGUCAUUGAUGCUGGUAAAAAGGCGAUAAAGGAUAAGGAGAAGGCAGAGAAGAAGUUGAUAAAGGAUGCAGAGAAAGAAGCUAAAAAGAAAGCAAAGGAAGCAGAGAAAGCAGAGAAAGCAGCAGGAAAAAGAACAGCACCAAAAGCAAAAACAACAACACCAACAAAGAAGAAAACUCCAAAGAAUUCUGGAUCAGAUGAAGAAUCAGAAGAGUCAUCAGAUGAGGAAGAGGAGGAUGAGGAAGAAGAGUUUAAAUCAAAUAAAAAACAAAAAGUUGAACAACAACCAACAACUACAACAACAACAAUAACAACAUCUCAACCAACCAUCCCAAUUCAACCAGCAGUUGUUAGUCAAUCAAAUGACCAACCAACCAUAUCAGCUCAACCAACUUCAACAGAGCCUGUUGUCAAAGCAGAAUAA